AUGUACGAGGCCGUGCCCGGGGGCGCGGCGGCCUCGUCGGCGUCGUCGCACGGCCGCGACGAGGACCGGGCGACGUCGUCGCCGGCCCGCCAGUACCUGCGCGUCGGCGCCGCCGUGUCGGCCCUCGUCUGCGGCGCGGCGCUCGUCGCCGCCGCGGGCCGCGACGCGGCGACGACGACGCUCGCGGCCGUGAAGAACACGCAGAAGAUGCAGCAGAAGCAGUUCAUGAAGGUCUUCACCUGGAACGGCUACACCGACGCCCUCGGCGCCGCGGGGACGGACUACCCGUGGCUCGCGGAGAGGGGCUACGCGGCGGUCGUCGAGCCGCACAAGGAGCACCACUUCCGCGCCUGCGCCCUCAAGCGGACGCAGCAGGGCCGCAUGGGCGAGUCCCAGUGCGUGAGCGACAUGACGCUGUUUUCCUGGUCCGUGGACGGCGUCCAGACCUCGUCUUUAAUGGGCGGCGGCGUCUUCACGCACGUCUUCACGACGCUGGGCCCCCACGCGGUCGUCGCCAUGGAGACGAAGAGCGACGAGGGGUCGGAUCUGCCCGACGAGGAGGGCGCGAGCUCCCAGGGCGUCGCGGUCGUCUGCAAGUACGUGCGGCGCGAGCUCCGGGAGCUGUCCGUCGCGGACCGGGAGGCGUUCCUCGACGCGGCGGCCGUGCUCUGGCGCGUCGGCGCCACCGAGGGGGCCCACCUGUACGGGGACCACUACGCGCCCAUCGCCACGUUCGUGGCGACGCACGCGCGGUUGGCGGGGGACGCGUGCUGCGACCACAUGCACGACGGCUGCGGCUUCGUGACGCAGCACAGCGCGCUGUCCCUGAGCUUCGAGGCGUCGCUGCAGGCCGUCGACGCCUCCGUCGCGCUGCCGUACUGGGACUACUCCAUCGACGUGGAGCGCGUCGCGCGGGACCACGACGGCGACUUCGGCGCCUUCGUCGACGCGGCCUCGAACGAGCUCUGGACGUCGACGUGGUUCGGCGCCGUCGGCAACUACAAGCACCUCGGCUCGUCGAAGCACAAGAUCGCCGAGACGCCGGGCAACGCGUCGGGCAAGGCCUACGUCGUCGCCGACGGCCGCUGGGCGUACACGCCGACGUUGAAGGCGGGCGACGGCGAGACGCGCAACUCCUACGGCUACCUGCGCGCGCCCUGGAACAACAACCCCGUCCAGUUCCUCACGCGGUCGUCGACGAUGUGCGGCGCGACGCACGAGGAGUACCAGUUCGACUACUGGCAGUACCCGACGUGCGACGUCAUGUGGGCCCUCGAGUCGGAGAAGCGGUCCCUGAAGGACUUUCUGCGCGUCGCGCCCUACUCGCCCCACGGCAGCAUCCACGCCCUCAUCGGCGGCACCUUCGAGUGCGGCGGCGAGUUCGACCGGCUCGAGGCGACGUUGGGGUUGAACGCGACGACGGCGAACCGCUUCCGGUCCGUGGUCUUCAACGGCCUGAAGGACAUGUUCCGCAGCGGGUAUUUAGAGAUGCCCAGGGACUGCGCGCCGGAGACGUCCUUCAAGGACUGCGCGGCGUCGUGCAAGAAUCUGGAUACGUACGUCGCGGAGAACAACACGGCGAUGCUCGAGGAGUACCUGGGCCUCGUCGACUUCUGGGGCCUGCUCAGCGACCGGAGCUUCGACGACCGCGUCACGGCGCUGAGUUUGAUUUGCGGCGCGGGGCUGAACGUGCUCGGCGACCAGCUCGAGGCGUCGAGCCCCAACGACAUCUCGUUCUGGCCCAUCCACCCGACGGUCGACCGCCUCUUCCAGUGGAAGGUCAUCGCCGGCACGCUCUCCGACAUGGACUGGCCCGAGACCGAGUACUACUGGGGCACCUACGGCAGCAACGUCGACAACGUCACCGGCCACGCGGCGGACGACUUCUUGGAGUACGACCUGCCGCAGCUCGGCCUCAAGGCCGGCGAGUACACGAACGCCGACUUUUUGAACAUGUCGUCGCCGCUCUACGACACGAUGCCCUACGUCUACGCCCACUUCAAGUGGGACCACUGCGCGGAGCUCGGCUACGCGAUCGGCAACAAGACGGCGCUCCAGGUCGCCGCGGGCGACGAGCAGUACGUCGCGCCGCCGGGCGACUCGUCCGCCGUCGCCGGCGUCACCCUCGCGCGGAGGUAG